AUUGUGUCAAAAUAAAGUUGAAAAAUUAGAAAUUGAGAUUAAUUCACAACAAAAUAUUAUUCUUAAAUUAGAAGGACAAUUAUCAGAUCAAUCCCAAUCAAUUUGUCAAGUUCAAUUAAAUUAUCUCAAUUCUAGGUUAAUUGAGAAAGAUGAAAUUAUAAAGAGAUAUAAUGAGAAUAUUCAAAAUAACACAGAACACCAGAAAACACUUGAGUUAAAAUUAGAGAUUAGUAAAUCUAAAUUAAUAAAGCAAGAUAAAGAUAUUGAGUUAUGCCAAUCUGAAAUUGCUUCAUUGAGCAGUACAUCAAAAAAUAUCAGAGAACAGCAGAAAAUAAUUGAAUCGCAAUUAAAAGAUAGUCAAAGCAAGCUAAUUGAUAAGGUUGACGAAAAUCAGUUAUGUCCAUCCGAAAUUGAAAUAUUAAGUCCCACAACUUGCAUCCCUUUCGGAGAAAAAUCAGGAGUUCAUCGACUCAAUGUUUAUGGCAUAGGUUUAUUCGAUGUUUUGUGCGAUAGUCGGUUAGCUGGACCUGGAUGGAUUGUAAUACAACAACGAGUUGGGGGAAAUGAGAGUUUCGAUAGGGAUUGGGCAACGUAUCGCAAAGGUUUCGGUGCAAUGGAUAGCGACUUCUUCCUUGGACUAGAGAAAAUACAUCGUAUCACAAGUUUGGAGCGUCACGAACUUUUUAUACAUUUGGUUACUGUGAAUGGAAAUACCUACAACGCUCGAUAUGACGACUUCAAAAUAUCUGAUGAGGACAAUGGAUACGCACUGAGUUUGGGUAAUUUUAAAGGAACUAUUACUUGGGAUGCGAUGAGGGAAGCCGAAAACAUGCAAUUCACAACAUUCGAUCGCGACAACGACAUUGAUGAUGGUAAUUGCGCAGAUGCAUACAAUGGCUGGUGGCACUCGAAUUGUUAUUAUUGUAAUUUAAAUGCACCAUAUGGGCCGGAUCUUGAUUGGUACGCUGUAGAUCAAUUGAAAGAAGCUAAGAUGCUAAUUCGCCCCAUUGAUGAUAAAGAAGAGAUGAACUGAAGAGCUGAAAUUCCGAUAUUUGACUCAAUUAUAUAAUAAUUUAUAUAUAAUUGG